UUCCAUUCAUUCAUUGACAGACCAACUGCCCGCCAAACCAGAAAAGCGCGAGUGGCUGACACAGCAUGUUCCACAUACAUCUCUCAAAUUUGCUUUCUUCAUCUGCCACUACUGCCCAUCACCAUAUCCUCGUCGCCGCCGCCGGGCCCAGACAACAACGCACGUUCCCAAAAUCAGUCCGUAAUUACAACCCUUCCAUAAGGGCAUAGUCGUCAUUCAAAUUCCAUAUCUAUAUAUACCACUCCACUCACACAUUCCCUCCCCAAACCAGACACUUCGCAAUCAGCUACAAUGGCAGAUUCGUCAGACGCGAAUCCCCCAACCACCCAAAAUUCCCAAACCAUCCUCGAUGGCAACCAGCUGAUCGCAAAGGCCCUUGCCCGUUUCGGUGUGGAUCGCAUGUUCGGCGUCGUCGGCAUCCCUGUGACCUCGCUCGCAACCCGUGCGGUUUCUCUCGGAGUCCGAUUUAUCGCCUUCCACAACGAGCAGUCGGCGGGUUACGCCGCCUCUGCCUACGGGUUUCUAACGGGUCGACCCGGUGUCCUCCUAACUGUAUCGGGCCCCGGAUGCGUUCAUGGGCUCGCGGGUCUUUCCAACGCCAUGGCCAAUGCUUGGCCCAUGGUGAUGAUCUCCGGUUCGUGCGAUCAGAAAGAUUUCGGCCGAGGCGAUUUCCAAGAGCUCGACCAGAUCGCCGCCGUGAAACCCUUUUCGAAAUUCUCUGUGAAAGCUAAAUCAAUCAAGGAAAUACCGGAUUGUGUGUUUCAGGCCCUUGCUAAAGCCGGUUCGGGCAGACCCGGUGGGUGCUAUUUAGAUUUUCCGUCUGAUGUUUUGCAUCAAACAAUUUCCGAGUCGGAUGCUGAGAGCUUAGUGGCUGCUGCGGAGAGGUUCCGAGAGCCGGAGAAGGUUGUGAAUGUGCCAAGUUCGCAGAUUGAAGAAGCGGUUUCGCUGCUUCGACACGCAGAGAGGCCUUUGAUUGUGUUUGGGAAAGGAGCGGCAUUUGCGCGAGCGGAGGAUGAGUUGGGUAAACUGGUGGAGCGCACUGGAAUCCCAUUCUUGCCCACUCCAAUGGGAAAGGGGUUGUUGCCUGAUACUCAUGAGCUGGCCGCGACGGCAGCAAGGUCGCUGGCAAUCGGGAAAUGUGACGUUGCUCUUGUUGUUGGUGCGAGGCUGAAUUGGCUUUUGCACUUUGGUGAGCCGCCCAAGUGGUCCAAGGACGUGAAGUUCAUUUUGGUUGAUGUUGAUAAGGAAGAGAUUGAGCUCAGAAAGCCCCAUUUGGGUUUGGUUGGAGAUGCAAAGUUGGUGUUGGAAAAGAUCAAUAAAGAGAUUAAAGAUGAUCCUUUUUGCUUAGGGAAGUCUCAUUCAUGGGUUGAAGCUAUAUCGAAUAAGGCCAAGGACAAUGUUGUGAAAAUGGAGGCUCAGUUGGCUAAGGAAGUUGUGCCAUUUAAUUUCUUAACGCCAAUGAAAAUUAUUAGAGAUGCAAUUUCAGGAUUGGGGAGCCCUGCUCCUAUAUUAGUUUCCGAGGGGGCAAACACUAUGGAUGUCGGUCGGGGAGUGUUGGUUCAAACAGAGCCUAGGACCAGGCUGGAUGCAGGGACUUGGGGGACAAUGGGGGUUGGUCUGGGUUACUGCAUUGCGGCUGCUGUGGCUUCUCCUGACCGGCUGGUAGUUGCAGUGGAAGGCGAUUCUGGAUUUGGGUUCAGUGCAAUGGAAGUUGAGACAUUGGUUCGAUACCAGUUCCCUGUUGUUGUGAUAGUCUUUAACAACGGUGGUGUAUAUGGCGGUGAUCGAAGAAGCCCAGAUGAAAUUAGCGGGCCUUACAAAGAUGACCCUGCUCCGACUUCUUUUGUCCCUAGUGCGGGUUAUCACACUCUGAUUGAAGCUUUUGGAGGCAAAGGCUAUCUUGUUGGGACACCUGAAGAACUCAAGUCUGCCCUUUCAGAAUCCUUCUCAGCACGAAAACCAGCUGUUAUAAAUGUAAUAAUUGAUCCUUAUGCUGGUGCAGAAAGUGGGAGGCUUCAACACAAAAACUGAUGGUAGGCCUCAGCUGCGUCUUUUCACGCCCCUUUUCUGUUGGUAAAGUUGCUUCUUGUAUGAAUAAAACUUGCAUCAGCUUUCUAGUUACCAUUCCAUCACGAAUUGUACUCCUCACAAAGUUCUGAUAGACCUGUAGAUUAAAGAGACUUUCAAAUGAAUGCUAUUGACUCUUUGACUCAAAGGGUCCUACCAUUUUUGUUUAUAAUAUUGUGGUUCGAAAGUGUUCUGCAUAUGAUUUUGUUGGAAAAAAUAAAAAUAAAAACAUUGUUAUAAAUCUAUGAAAUGUGGACGACCACCAUAACAUCUAUUACGUCCACCCUUUAUUGCUU